UUGCGUAGGGGGUAGCAGCAUGGGUAGGGUAGCAGUCCCUCGCCGCUGUCGAGUCUUACGUUCAGUUCUUUAUGUUUUCUAUCUAAGAUUCUGUAUAACUUGAUUUCUAGUCGUCACAUUUACUCAAUCAAGUACUGUAUUACGCGAGCGUGAAAAUCGUUGAUCGCUAUGGAUGACGAAGCGGAGACGUACAAGUUAUGGAGGAUAAGAAAAACAGUGAUGCAGUUGUGCCACGAUAGAGGUUAUCUAGUUACCCAGGAUGAGUUGGAUCAAACUUUGGAACAAUUCAAAGAACAGUUCGGAGACAAACCAAGCGAAAAAAGACCAGCAAGAAGCGAUCUUAUAGUUCUUGUUGCUCACAAUGACGAUCCCACAGAUCAACUGUUUGUCUUUUUUCCAGACGAGCCUAAGAUUGGUAUAAAGACCAUAAAAACUUAUUGUCAGAGGAUGCAGGAAGAAAAAAUCCAUAGGGCAACGAUCGUUGUACAGCAAGGCAUGACGCCGUCAGCUAAACAGUCGCUGGUAGAUAUGGCCCCAAAGUAUAUAUUGGAACAGUUUCUUGAAUCUGAAUUACUGAUCAACAUCACGGAGCACGAACUCGUUCCAGAACACGUUGUAAUGACGCCCGAAGAAAAGCAAGAACUACUACAAAGAUACAAACUCAAGGAGAAUAUGCUCAUGAGAAUACAGGCCGGAGAUCCAGUUGCUCGAUAUUUUGGACUAAAGAGAGGACAAGUUGUCAAGAUUAUCAGACCUUCGGAAACAGCAGGAAGAUAUAUAUCCUAUAGGCUUGUGUGUUGACACUGAAAUUUUUCUGUUACUGGCUACAAGGAUACCUGGAACAAGGAAUUCUUACCAAUCUGUGGUAGAGAUGAGAGCGAUUGUAUUGAAGUAUGUUCCAUUGUAAUUAAAUGAAUUUAAAUAAUCAUUUAUAAUUUCUAAAA